AUGGGGGCCUCUCACGGAUGCAGGUCACCCAUAAAACCGUCCUGUGCUUCUCUUUUGCUUUUUGGAGCUCUUUGGCUUCUGUCUGUGAUUAUGACUGCGUGUGCUUGCCCUAACGUCUGCCACUGCACGGACAGGAACGGCGUGGUGGUGCAGUGCACCUCACGCAACUUGGAGAACAUCCCGCCGAACUUGCCCAAAGACACUGUCGUUCUCUUGCUUUCAUCGAACCGCAUCAGACACAUCGCAAAGGAGACCUUCACGGACCUCCACCGCCUCAGGGAACUGGACUUAUCUCACAACGCCAUCGAGAGCGUGGAGGUCGGCGCCUUUCAAGGAGUUUCCGAGAGCCUGCGGACUUUGGAUCUAUCAAACAACCACCUAAGCAGCCUUCCCAAAGACACCUUCGCCAAGCUCCACGCCCGCGUCCGAUUAUCCAACAACCCAUGGCACUGCGAGUGCUCUCUGCAGGAGGUGCUGAGGGAGCUGAGGCUCGACCCGGACACGGUGAACGACGUCAGCUGCUACACGUCGGUGCAGGAGGAGUACGUGGGGCAACCGGUGAUCCAUGUCCUGGACUCUGGGAUAAACUUUUGCAACUUUCACCACAAGACAACAGAUGUGGCCAUGUUUGUGGCCAUGUUCUGCUGGUUCUCGAUGGUGACAGCGUACAUCAUUUACUACAUAAAACACAACCAGGAGGACGCCAGGAGGCACAUGGAGUACCUUAAGUCCCUGCCGAGCACUUCCCACAUUAGCAAGGACUACGACACAGCCAGCAGUGUGUUUUAG